AUGGCCUAUAAUGCUUCACAAGACUCUGAAAAUGGUAAACAUCAAGAUGAUGACUCCAACAGCAGUAAACCCUGCCUCAGCAUGGUGGAGGACCCCAACCAGACGAGGAAGAGGAAAAAGAGCCAUGAGGAGGAGCCCCCCAAGAAAAGAGUGAGGGGUGCUGAAGAGAGUCCAAACAAGAAGACAGCUAGCAAUGAUAACUUCAUCAUCAUCUCGAGCAAAUCUGGGAGCACAGUGGCUGAAAACAGCAGACUGAGUUCAUCAUACAAAUCCCCAACGCCAAAGUGGAACAUUGACUUUGACGUGAUUAGUAGCACAUCUUCAUCCUCAGCUGUUAAGGAAAUGCAUGACAUGCCAUUCCUGGUAAAAACCAACCGAGAUGAAUUUAAAGCCAACUAUAUCGAGCUUUUCAAGAUUGGGGAAGGCGGUUUCGGGGCCGUUUAUGCAGGCUACCAUAAAGCAGAUGCCACACCAGUCGCCAUCAAGCACAUUGCUAAGGAAAGGGUCAACUACAAAAGAGUGGUUCACAAUGGAAAAAUGUAUACGGUCGUGGAGGAAGUCGAACUCAUGGUGAAAGCGGCUGGUGGCGCUCAACCCUGUAGAUCAGCUGCAAUCGCUGUGCUCGACUGUUUCGAUCUGGAGGAGGAAUUUAUUUUCAUAAUGGAACGACCGGUGCCCUCUGUUGAUCUGUAUGACUACCGAAAGGCCCAAGGAGGCUACCUGAAGGAAGAUAAAGCCAAGAUGGUCCUCAGGCAGGUGGUGGAUGCUGCAAUUGAAAUACACUCAAAUGGAGUCUUUCACAGGGACAUUAAGUUAGAAAACAUUCUCCUUGAAUGUGGAUCGGAUGUCCCUCGUGCAAGAGUGAUUGAUUUCGGUUGCGGCUGCCUUGUGAGGAAUGACUCUUAUCGUUACUUCAGUGGUACUCGCCCAUUUGCUCCUCCAGAAUGGUUCCUGAUGAAUGAAUACAAUGCCGGCCCCACAACCGUAUGGCAGCUGGGAGCGCUCUUGUACAACUUGCUGGAUCAUAACGACACAUUUAGCACGGAAGACUAUCUAUACGAGGGGAUUGAGUUGAACACCAGUCUAUCCAAUGACUGCCUGAAUUUCUUGCAUCUGUGUCUGGCUGAAGACCCAGAGAAGCGUGCUACCUUAGACAUGCUGCGGCUUCAUCCCUGGCUCAGAUGACCUCAGAUGACCACUGGCAGGAAAUAUCCUGGCAUAUCCUGACAUUGGUUCCAGUGCAUCAUCCACCAGAUUGCUCCUGGACAGUUAACCGUUUC